AAACCACAACAUCUGAACAAUUUGACAGCUGACCAUAACUUGCCACAAGAGCUGGGUUCCACUAUUGCCAUUGUCAACCAAAGUCACAUUUUACUAUAUUCAGAAAACGAUACACUCCGCCCUAUCUUUCUAACGAUGUAUUUUUCGACACUCCCCUUCUUCCUAUCAGCCUUGGUUCUUGGUGUCCUUCCGUCUAGAGGCCAACCAGCCAAACUCGUACAGGAGAAUAUCAAUGGAAAUGUCUCUGACCAUCAACUUACUCAAUUGAACCUAGCAGGAACGCUACUCAUGCCUUCUGAGGGCGCCCAAUUCGUCAAUCAAGGUGGUGCGAUGGGCGAUAUUCAACUCGUUUAUAACUGUCCAACAACUUUUGCUCAAACCAAUAUCGGUGAGAGAACUUUGGCUAUAGAUGUAGUUUUGGUACCAAGGAGAGAGCAGGGAUAUAACCCUGGACCUUCGCGAGUAAUCCUGGCACGUGGCCUUAGAGCGAGAAAUGGUCUAAGCGGUGAAAAGAUACAAGUCAACUUCGUACCGCCCAUCUCCACUUGUGGUGAUUAUCGCAUGAUAGUCACAGAAAGCCAAAUUUUUCAGAAUGCGGUCGUUCAAUUUUCAGCCGGGGCCCCAGCCGUUGCGGUUGCCUGUAGCCCCAUGGACGAUUUUUAACUAAAAAAGGGGGGGUUCUAGUGAUGGAGCAAUAGUAUGAGCAGAUCAAUACGCUUUUUGCUUGUUCCCAUUCUUCACUUUCGAAUUCAAUUUUAUUAGGAGAUUUUAUAAGAGGACACUUGAUACAAAACUAAGGCUUAUGCCUAGAUUAUAUAUGAAAAAUCAUUCUUCCAUUUGAAUCAAAUCAAUUUUAAUCAACCAAACGCCCCCCCACCUCCCCUGGAAACCCAGUUUUAGUACGUGUACCAAGAUGCCAAGUUUUCUUGAGCCAUGGAAUCAUUC